GAUUGGAAUUUCCAGCCCUUGCAAAUGUAGUUGGUGCUGAAUUUUUCGGUUUUGUUUAACUUUUGUCAUUCGCAAAUUUCGUGAUUUUUUUUUUUCAAAUUUUUACUCGUUCGUUCUCUGCUAACAUUUUUCCUACAUUCGGACUCUCGGAAGAUCAUGAACGUGUGCCGAGCCUGCAUGGGACCGGAAACUGAUGGACCGGUUCCGAUAUUCUCCAAACUGGGUGACGAUUUCAUCGCCAACAUCCUGAUCAAUUGCGGAUCGAUUUCGAUCACCGAAGAUGACGGUUUGCCGGCUUUCAUUUGCCAGAGCUGUAUUGGUUUCGUCAAACAGAUCGCCGAUUUUGGCGAGCAGUUACGUGACUCGGACCGGAAGCUGCGAGAGUUGUACAGCAUCAAACUAGAGGAAAAGGAUCCUGAUCUGAUGUCUCCGAAAAAUCCCAUCGAAACGGCGCCGUUCAGUGUCAGUAUCAAAGAAGAAGACGAAUAUAGCGAUGCAAAGGUACAAAGUACCGAUGAAUUGGAUCACCUUGAAGGUGAUGUUGACGAUGAAUAUGACGACAACGAGGAGGAAGAGGAUGAUGAUGACGAGGAGGAAGGUGGUGGUUCUGAAUCCGGAAACGAAAGCGAUGUCCUCUCUGAAAAAGACAAAGAAAGGUUUACACUGGUUGAAAUAGAUCCAACGAGGUACAUUUGUUGUGCACAAGGGUGCUUCAAAGAUUUCGAAACAAUAGAAGAAUUAGAAGAACAUGGGACAAAGGCACACAUAAAAAGGAGGGAUCGAUCCUCCAAAAGAAAGAUUGCGACGUGUAAUAUUUGCUUUAAAAGAUAUUCCUCCAUAAAAACAUUCAAACUUCAUGAAAAAUCAAUCAAAAAGUUGUGUCAUAAAAAAAUCUACCAAUGUAACCGGUGCUCUAACCGGUUUUACCAACCUACGAUGAUACGCCUACAUAAUUGCCGCCUUUCUCGAGUAUUUAAACUUAAGCGAAAGAGUGAUAUUCAAACUAUAUGUUGUUCCAUCUCCUGUAGCAAGGAGUUCAGUACUCAUGAGCAGCUUCUCGCCCACGGCAAGAAGGUACACAGCUGGCGGCGAAGGAUGUACAGCGAGUCCAAGUCCAAAAGUGCCGAAUGCCCCAUAUGCUACCGGCGUUUUAAGGGUGCUAUCAAUGUAGAAAGGCAUCGCAUCCGCACCACUGUGGGCGGUGACUACAAAUGCACAAAGUGUGACAUGAAGUUCAAGAAGAAUGUUACACUAAUCGCCCACGAACGGAAACAUGUUGCGGAGCGGCCAUUUGUGUGUAACAUUUGCAAGAAAAAUUUUACCAUGCAACAAUACCUAGACCAACAUUUAGCGGAUGUUCACGACGAGGACAAGCCGUUUGUCUGUAAGCUGUGCGGAUUUAGAUUCAAGCGUGAGUGUAACCUGAAGUAUCACGUAAUGACUCACGAGGCGAACGCAAAGGAACAGAAAAACCAAGAAGAAGGUUCCGAUAAGUCAGAAAGUGCAAACGAAACUGAUAGCGACGAAGAUUAUGACAACAACAAAGAGGAAAAGAUUGAAUCGGACGAUGAGGAAGAAGGGGACGAUGACGGAGAUAUUUUGACCGACAAAGAACGAGAAAUGUACACCCUAUUGGAUAUACCUAAGGAUCGGAUUAUAUGCUGUGGCUGUUAUUUGGAUUUCGGAACAGAAGAAGAGCUGAUCGAGCACGGUAAGAUCAAUCACACCAAGAAAAAACGGAAGAGUGAGGUUCUAGCUAAGCCUCAUUGCUGCACCGUCUGUUACGGGAGGUACAAAUCUUUCCGAACUUUCCGAACGCAUAAAACCCUCGCGGCUGAAUUGAUAAACAAAAAAAUCUACGAAUGCAUCCGUUGCUUCGUAAGGUUUCAUCAGCCCAAGCGGCGACGACAACAUGCCUAUAACCACAUGAUUUUCAACGCCAAGGAUGAGUUUCACGAGCAACAAAAGGUUUGCUGUGCCACUAAAUGCUACAAAGAAUUCGAAACCCAGGACGAGCUUCUCAAACACGGCCAGUCGGAGCACACAUCUAGGAAGCGCCUAAUCCCGGAUUUGACAAAGCCCUUCGAGUGCCCGGUUUGCUUUCGAUGUUUCGAUCACAAACGGAACCUGAUACGGCAUCGAUCACGGAUCCUGAAAAAAGACGAGUACCAGUGUACGAUGUGUGGCAAAAAGUACAAAUCCGCCCACGGUUUGCAGGUGCACGAAAUGCAGCACAACAAUCUGCGCCCGUACUCGUGCGAGCUGUGCGCUAAAACGUUCGCCACUCCUGCGGCCGUCAGGCAUCACAUGAUGGUGCACACGGACGAGCGCCCGUAUGCGUGCUCAACCUGUGGCUGGAGCUUCAAACGGGAGGCGAACCUAAAGAUGCAUAUGCUAUCGCACACUGACGAGCAGCCGUUCAAGUGCGAAGUUUGUGGCAAGGGAUUCAAGGGCAAAUAUCACUUGAAAUAUCAUAUGCGAACCCACACUGGAGAGAAGCCCUGGAAAUGUCGGUUUUGCGAGAAAUCUUUCGUUGAUCACACCAACCGAAGGCGGCAUGAGGUUUCUCAUACUGGUAUAAAACCCUACAAAUGUAACUAUUGCGAUAAAAGUUUCAUUCGUAAACGGUACCAGGUGGAGCACGAGAGUACCCACACAGGUAUCAAACCGUUCCGUUGCGAAUCCUGCAAUCGCACGUUCAGCCAAAAGGCCGAACUCAAGAAGCAUCUGCAGCAACACCCUCUAACCGCGGAAAGCCAAUUGGCCAUGGCUUCUCCGAUGCCGGCAACAUCGACGGAUGAGAAUUUGAUGCCACCACCUUCGCCACCGCCAUCGCAACAACCCGUGGCAUCCGGAUCCUCGACUCAGAACUAUGGUUCCUCCGGUGAACUCAUGGAGCAACUUGCCUAUGACGAUUCACAACGGUAUUCUUCGCCAUAGGUGGAAUUUAUAAGGUUCUGCUUCUUUUUCUAUAUUAAAAGGUAUGAGACAUAAUUUGUUGGGUUGUUCCAAUUCGUAGAGCUAAAAGAACUGUUCGGAUGAAUCAAGUUAGAUCUAGGUGUCAUUCUUCCAUUUAUUGGUUAUUGAUUGCCUAUA